AUGUCUGAAGGAAAAGCUGUUGGUAUCGAUUUGGGAACUACCUACUCUUGCGUUGCUGUCUGGCAAAACGAUCGUGUCGAGAUCAUCGCCAACGAUCAGGGUAACCGCACUACCCCCUCUUAUGUCGCCUUCACCGACAGCGAGCGUCUCAUCGGUGAUGCCGCCAAGAACCAGGUCGCCAUGAACCCCUACAACACCGUCUUCGAUGCCAAGCGUCUUAUCGGUCGUCGUUUCGCUGACUCUGAGGUCCAGUCUGACAUGAAGCACUGGCCCUUCAAGAUCCUCGACAAGGAGGGCAAGCCCAUCAUCCAGGUCGAGUACAAGGGUGAGGCCAAGACCUUCACCCCUGAGGAGAUCUCUUCCAUGAUCCUCAUCAAGAUGAAGGAGACUGCUGAGGCUUACCUCGGUACCACCGUCAAGAACGCUGUCAUCACCGUUCCUGCCUACUUCAACGACAGCCAGCGUCAGGCUACCAAGGAUGCCGGUUUGAUUUCCGGUUUGAACGUCCAGCGUAUCAUCAACGAGCCCACUGCCGCUGCUAUUGCUUACGGUUUGGAUAAGAAGGUUGAGGGUGAGCGCAACGUCCUCAUCUUCGAUUUGGGAGGAGGAACCUUCGAUGUGUCUCUUUUGACCAUUGAGGAUGGUAUCUUUGAGGUCAAGGCCACUGCUGGUGACACCCACUUGGGUGGUGAGGAUUUCGAUAACCGUCUCGUCAACCACUUCAUGCAGGAGUUCAAGCGCAAGUUCAAGAAGGACAUCUCUGGCAACGCUCGUGCUGUCCGUCGUCUCCGUACCGCAUGCGAGAGAGCAAAGCGCACUCUUUCUUCCUCUGCCCAGACCUCCAUCGAGAUCGACUCUCUCUUCGAGGGUGUUGAUUUCUACACCUCCCUCACCCGUGCCCGUUUCGAGGAGCUCAACCAGGAUCUCUUCCGCAACACCAUGGAGCCCGUUGAGAAGGUCCUCCGCGACUCCAAGAUCGACAAGGGUUCCGUCCACGACAUCGUCCUCGUCGGUGGUUCCACCCGUAUCCCCAAGGUCCAGAAGAUGGUCUCUGACUUCUUCAACGGUAAGGAGCCCAACAGAUCCAUCAACCCCGAUGAGGCUGUUGCCUACGGUGCCGCCGUCCAGGCCGCCAUUCUCUCCGGUGACACCUCCGAGAAGACCCAGGAUCUCCUCCUUCUCGAUGUUGCUCCCCUCUCCCUCGGUAUUGAGACCGCUGGUGGUGUCAUGACUGCCCUCAUCAAGCGUAACACUACCGUCCCCACCAAGAAGUCCGAGAUCUUCUCCACCUACGCUGACAACCAGCCCGGUGUCCUCAUCCAGGUCUUCGAGGGUGAGCGUGCUCGCACCAAGGACAACAACUUGCUCGGCAAGUUCGAGUUGACCGGUAUCCCCCCCGCUCCCCGUGGUGUUCCCCAGGUCGAGGUCACCUUCGAUGUUGAUGCCAACGGUAUCCUCAACGUCUCUGCUCUUGACAAGACCACCGGCAAGUCCAACAAGAUUACCAUCACCAACGACAAGGGUCGUCUCUCCAAGGAGGACAUCGAGAAGAUGGUCAACGAUGCCGAGAAGUACAAGGCCGAGGAUGAGGCUGCUACUGCCCGUAUCUCCGCCAGAAACGGUCUUGAGUCCUACGCCUACAACCUCCGUAACACCCUCUCUGAGGAGAAGGUUGCCGCCAAGCUCGAGGCUGCUGACAAGGAGAAGCUCACCGCUGCCGUUGAUGCCGCCAUCAAGUGGCUCGAUGAGUCCCAGGAGGCUUCCAAGGAGGAAUACGAGAGCCACCUCAAGUCUCUUGAGGAGGUUUCCAACCCCAUCAUGACCAAGCUCUACGCCGAUGCUCAGGGUGGUGCUCCCGGAGGUAUGCCCGGUAUGCCCGGAGGUGCUCCUGGUGGUUUCCCCGGAGGUGCCCCUGGUGGUUUCCCCGGUGCCGGUGGUGAUGCUGGACCUACCGUUGAGGAGGUCGAUUAAAUCAUUCGCUCCGAACGAUAAGAAAGAAGACGAAGACGAAGAAAUAAUAAGUGAAUCAGGCCUUUGACUUGUUCCUUUAUUCUUUCUAUCCUUUUCUUUUUCUUUUCUUAUUUUUAUUUUUUUUUGCUCUCUUUUUAAAGUUUAUUUACUUAGACCUAGACCUAGACCAAAAAACCAAACCCAAAAUCCAUUCUCACAAAAACUCUACACAACCACCACAAACCCACAAACAUUUGCGUUUUCUUUAUAUAAUUUUUAACGCCCUUAAAAUUCAUCUGAUGUAAUUUGUAUACAUAAUAAAAAUCAAAAACCCUGAAAAUAGAUUUAUAUGUAAAAAAUAAAUAAAUAAAUAUUAUAAUAAUAAAAAAAUGAACUUAUUCAUAAAUUUAUAAU